AUGGUCACUACAGCCACUAGUCACGUCAGAUUGACAAAUGAAAAAACAAAAAAAUUCUCAUUUGAUUUUGUAGCUUAUUCAGCAAAUUGGCCGCAACUAACAGGGAACCGUUCAUUCGAUUUUCGCAGACUAACACAAGCACCUAAACAAUACUCUAUAUUGAUAAAGAAUGUUCUACAAAAUGUUUAUGUUGAUGGUAUAUUUGAAUCAGCAGAGCGUUACUUUACAGUAACUGCUGCUCGCCGAAUUAUUCGAUGCGAUGGUGAGAGAACUUCUUACGUUCCAAUUGAUUUCUUUUCAUCUGUUGAAGUGGAGAAAGACAAACUACGUGGUAAAAUAUUUGUUGGUUGUAUUCCUUAUUCUGUUGAUCAAUAUCGUCCUCCUGCACGAAUUAUUUUUUGUCGAAAAUGCUGUCAGUCUGGCCAUUAUAUGAAAGACUGUUCGGCACCCCAUUUCAUAUGUAACCGAUGUGACCAAAUGCAUGAUACGAGAAGAGAAUGUCAAAACUCAAUACACCGUCCAAACUGCGGAGGACCACGCUAUGGAGGAUCAUCAGGAUGUCUCAUUACCAUUGAAUACCGAAAACAAUUAGUAUCUGAGGCAAAAUCGUUUCGACAAGAUGCUUCACGUUCUCCACAGAGACAGCAACAACGUGAUUGUUCACCCUCACCCACACCACAACAAUUAGAACAUGAUUCAGCACCGUUGCAAAGACGAACUUUCAAACAAGCCUUAACUGGUACUCGUCUAACUAUGGGUACGCUCUCAAAUAAUCAUCCAAUAACAACAAUUAAAAGUCGGCAACACUCAGCACAGCGAUAUUCGACGAAGCAACAACACUUCCGACCAUUACCAGCAUCGAAUACACUAUCAUGUUCGAAUGCUUAUAGAGAUCUUGAAAAUAAAUUCUGA